GCAUUUAGCACAGUAUCGGCUGCUGGCGCGGGUGGCACUGUACGCACGUGUAGCAGGCAGGAUCUCCUCGCCUCUUACCGGUACCCCAUCAAUUCGCACGGGACACUGUCGGCUGAUUUUGUCUGAGAAUUCCGCUAAACGACGUAGCCUUCCGAAGGAGCGCAGCGGGCAGACUAGAAUACGAGUCUAGAAAAAGAAUCUCAAUAAAGACAAUAUGACGUCAGCAAGAUCAAGACUCCCUCCAUUGCCCACUAUUAGAGAAAUUAUCAGAUUAUAUGGACUUCGAGCGGAAAAGCAUCUUGCUCAGAACUUCAUCCUCGAUUUGAAACUGACAGAUAAGAUUGUCCGUCAAGCUGGAAGUGUCCAGGGAUCCCAUGUUUGCGAAGUAGGACCAGGACCUGGUGGUAUCACUAGAUCUAUCAUCAAUCAAGGAGUAAAAGACCUCUUGGUUAUUGAGAAGGAUACCAGAUUCAUCCCCAGUUUGGAGAUGUUAACUGAAGCAACAGAAGGGAGAGUGAGAGUAGCUUGUGGUGAUAUCUUACGGUUCAAGUUUGAAGAUGCCUUCCCUUGUCAUAUCAAGAAAGAAUGGGAUGAUGAUCCUCCCAAUCUUCACGUAAUUGGAAACCUGCCUUUCAAUGUCUCUCUUCCUCUGAUGUUACGAUGGUUAGAAGCCGUAGCCGAGAGGACGGGUCCGUUCUCAUAUGGGAGAACUCGUAUGCUACUCACAUUCCAAAAGGAAGUUGCCGAGAGAUUAACAGCGCCACCUGGUGACAUCCAGCGAAGUAGGUUGUCAAUAAUGGCCCAACAUCUAUGUGACGUCAAACAGUGUUUCGUGAUCCCUGGAACGGCAUUCGUCCCAAAACCACAGAUAGACGUGGGUGUCGUUCAUCUCACCCCCCUUCAAGAGCCGGAGAUAAAGGUACCCUUCAAACUGGUGGAGAAGCUGGUGAGGUGUGUCUUUCACUUCAGAAGGAAAUACUGCAAACGUGGAAUUGAGACACUGUUUCCAUUGGAGAGACAGGAUUUGACCCAGGAAGUGUUUGAUACCUCUGGAGUUGACCCCACCCAACGACCUCUGUGGUUGACCAUGGAAGAGUUCAACGCACUUUGUCUGUCCUAUAGAAAUAUAUGUGAGCGGAUACCCGGGAUGUUUGCCUACAACUACAGAUGAGAAAACAACCGAUAGUUCCAAAAGAAUUGUCUGCGGUUAAGUUCAGCAGUUGGUUGCUGAAGACGUGGCUUUACGUCCUAUCCAAGGGAGGUUGCGGUACGAACCUGGGCUGCCAGACUAUGGAAUCAAAUGAAUGGUUUCUAAGAAUUUGCAUGGUUGGAGAUCUUGUAAUGUAUGCACCUUCUCUGCAACCUCAAUAGUUGGUUGCAAAAGACAUGGUUUUACAUCCCAUCCAAGGGAUUUUGUGGUACAAACCUGAGUUGCCUGGCUAUGUAAUCACAUGAGGGCAAUUCUUGGUCACGUGUGUGACCGAAAUUAUGACAAAUCUUGGCUUUAAUUAGUUUUAAAUCUAAAACUUUAGAGAUUUUAGCUGGUGUUUGUAGACAUGGCUUUACAUCCUAUCCACAGGACCGUGUGGAAUGUUCCCUAGUUACUGGACCAUGGAAUCGAUGCUCUCUACCCACCGAGCUAUCACACCUCAUCUGCCUUAGGAAUUUGAUUAAGGUUUCAGUAAUGCAUUGUUUGAGGGUGGACAUGUAUGCAAUUAUGACUGAAACACCUCUACUACUCAAUUAUGUUGUUAAUCAAUGUAUGCUAUUAUAUUAAAGGGGGAGUGAAAUGUGUGUGGUCUCUCAUUGACUGUGUAUUAUAAAUACAUAGUCCUACAAUAUACUUUUUCAGAUAUCUACUAAUACUACAGAGAAUAAAGUGACCUGUAAUUGUAUUUGUAUAGAGAAACUAAAAUGCUUUGGUAGGAAGAGUAAUUGUUUUGCUACUUGGUAACAUAAUUAUUGAAGCACAAAUGUAUUGAGUAGUUAAUUAGCAUGUUAUCAUUCAAGUGGGUCUAUAUUACUAGACUACACUAGCAUUAUGGGUCAGGAAACUGGCUAGCUAUGAGUAGUUGAGGACUCGAGAUGGCGCUAUUGGUUCGUAUCUGCUUUAAAAACACUUGGUCGACAAGCACAUGGUCUAAUACUUAGUCUAAUACCACUUGGGCUAAACCAAAUUGGUUUAAUAUUGGGUCUUAUUGCCAUUUGGUCUACACUAUAUUUGGUCUAAUACCGAAUGAGUCUAUUUCUCAUUUAGUCUAAUUCUAGUCUAAUUUUAGUCUAUUUCUCAUUUGGUCUAAUUUCCACUUGUUCUAACUAUUAAACUUUUCCAAUGAUGGAGAUAUCGGCAUACUUUCCAUCUUGAUUAGGUAAAAAAUGAAUGAGUGCUCAAGGUGCAUUAGAGCAAAUGAACAACUCCCCCAAAACAGAUUACAGAUUUUAAACUUUAUUAAUGAAUAAAGUAAUUGAUGUCUAUAAAAAAAAGCACUCUUAUACAUGUAGGGUAUGUCUUACGGUACAGGUUGCCCCUUAAAGGCGUCACUGAUGUCUGGGUUUUCAAACUCAUUGGAAGUGAAUUCUACAGGUUUGACCCCUCAUUAUAAGCAAAGAAAGCCCAUCCCCCCAUGAUUUCUUUGAAACUGGAACUUGAUUGGAGGUUGAGGUUCACAUUACCUACAAAGCUAGGACUUUUUGUUACUCUAAAUAUAUUCUUCAAUCACUUGGUAGCACUGGCAUAACUAAAUACAUGAUGUCAUGCUAUUCAAUGGGGGGGGGGGCUGGCACAUCCCCCCCCCCCCCCGAAAAGUAGAUUCCCUGGUUGAAUUUGCACUGGUGCUUAGUAGCAAUACAUUGCUUCAGUUGUUUGGGUGUACAGUAUGUUUUCAAUGAGGCUAUCUGCACACAUUAAUCGUGCUUCAUCAAACAUGACAUUCUUGAAAUUAAGAUAGCAAGCUAUUCACUAUCUACAAGCUUAAUUGAUGUGGCAUUGCCUUUCGAUAAACCAGUUCAAAUUAGGAUUACAUGUAUGUCUCCUAGUUUUUAUUUUCAUGGCAUUAAGGUUGAGAGUAAUUAGGGCAAAUAUUGGGUUCCUUAUUUUACAUCUCAAUCCGAUCUGCAAAGUUUACUAACCAAAGGUUAAUGAUACCUUUGCACUGUAUGGUAUAAAAACUGCUUCAACAUUUGGGCAACUAUAUGAUUUAUGGAAGGUUAAAGAUAUGCUGUCUAGAUUGUUCAACAAAUGGACGUCACUUCACUUGUCAUAAACCUACCAUAUAGUUAAUCCUAACGAGGCCAGGCUAUUUUGGGAUAUUAUAUGGCGGGGGGUCUCAUAGCCGCCCACCCCUCCUUGACAACUUAGCCAUCAACUACACAAUCGCGCUGAAAAUUGGCACGCAUAUCACCUGCAACACAACCUACAAAAAUUGUAUUUAUUUUGUUCAUUAAAAUUGCUUUUAGUCGAUUUAUUCGUAAAUCCUGAUGUAAAGCCCCAAAUGUGCUACUUUUGGUGCAGAACUAAACCCUUGAUGUUUUAGGCAAUCAUACUUGAAUGAAUAAGAAAGCUGUGAAGUUGUAAAAAGUUAUAAUUACUGGCUAUUAAUCACUAUAUCUCUGUAGACUUCAGAUACGCCCCAUCAUUUGUGUCAAUGUGGUGUAUUGGAGUGAAUACUUUUCCAUUUUCUCAAGUACUAUACACAAAUAGCUAAAAUGUGAUUUUUCAUAAAAAAUAUACUUCAAAUGAACUGUAAUAUAUUUCGAUUUCUGGCCCAGGGGAAUAUUCAGUCCACUUAUGAUGAAGAAACCACAAAUCCCUGACAAUGAAGUACACGCCCUUUGUGAUAGUUGCCCAAACCACUUAUCAUAAUUUAGUUAUAGAAUUUCCAAGUUGAAAUUUACAGGCUCAGUGAUCUAAUUUUUAAAACAGCUAUAAGUUUACUUAUUCCUUGUCCGAUUUCCUCCAAAGUUUCAUAAUUGUUUUUCUUAUUUUUCUCCUCUCAUACACCAUUUUAUGACCCAGGUUGGCUGGGAUGGUUUGGUUAAUUGGACUCUGAUCUGUAAGACACAAGUUGAGUUUGUAUAGCCAUAUCUCCAGCCUGAUAUUAUCUUAAUCCUCCUAGAUCAUUGCACCUUCACAAUAAACAACGGGGGGGGGGGGGGGGGCUCACAAAGAGUUGAUUAUUAUUAAAAGUUGAGCCUUAAUUUCCAUGGUUGCAUGCAGCAUCAAAUGCAUCACCACAUUGUUCAAAUCCUAGACACGCACUACUGCAUAUUAAUCAAUGUUGUGUGUGUUAGCACUGAAGCAUGACUUAAUAACUCUUUGUAACCCCCCCCCCCCCCCCCGGCCUACAGUAUACAGACCUUCCAACCAGUACGUUUUAGCCGUAUUUAGUACGUUUUUGCAAACAAAAUACGGCAGUACGUUUUUUUUUUUUUUUUUUUUUUUACUAAAUCGUUAUUUAUUGAGAAAAAUAAUCUCUAUAUGUAUCUAUUUCAUAAAACGUGCACAGAUAUGGUUAUUAGAUCAAUGUAAUUUCAGGUAACUUGUUUUUUUUUUCAAUCAUUUUGUUCAAACCAGGGUGAAGAUAUACACAUGUUUUAAUGUUUUUUUUUUCAUCUGCAAGAGCAGCGCGCAUUUUAGCUUGCAUGCAGCUUGAGCGCCGUGAUGAGCGAGUGCGCCAAGCAUUUUAUUAUGAAAUACACUUUUUUGGGGGAAAAUACGUUUUUUUAAAUCACAGAAUACAGUUUUUCAUUCCCAGAGGUUGGCAGGUCUGAGUAUAUGAAACAUGGGGGUUGAUACAAAGAUUUAAGUGUGACUUAAAUUGGACUUAUGGUAAUAGUCGUGUGCUGUAUAAAAGGCAUCACUGCAUUGGUAAAAAAAUGCUUAAAGGCCGCACAGUACUGGCUAUUAAUCAGUUAGAUUACAUGUUCAAUAUCAUUUGUACGUCGGCUCUAAAAGGACAAGUCCACCCCAAGAAAAAGUUAAUUUCAAUAAAAAGGGAAAAUCCAACUAGCAUAAUGCUGAAAAUUUCAUCAAAAUCGGAUAUAGAUUUUUUUUUGUGAAAAAAUAAGUGAAACUUUAAAAUGUCAUAACUUUCAUAUUUUAUAUCCGAUUUCAAUGAAAUUUUCAGCUUGUUUGAUUUUUCUCUAUUGAUUCAAAUCAACAUUUUUCUGGGGUGGACUUGGCCGUUGAGUAUAACUGAACACUUAGCACACUUAACUCUUUGUAAAACACCCCUAGGGCCUAUAGGAGAUAUCACAAAUUUUUGUUGUUGUUGGCAGGUCCUUAAAGACUGCAACGCAGGAAAUUUGUUGAAUUUAUCAUAUGCGAGACUCACUGACAUGAAUACGUCAUAACCUGUGAGACCUAAUUUCUAAUGCUCCUGUAAUUUGUAUUUCUUUUUUUCUUUCAUCAUGAUGUCAAACAAGGCUUUAUUUUCUCUCUGAACAUGUGGAAUUGCCAUUGUUGUAAUCUUUUUUGAACAGCUCCCUUGUUCAAUCUUUAGAAAAAUUCAAAUAUGCUUUAAUUUAUGAUGUAACAAAUGACAUAAGCUCUCAUUUGCAUACCAUACACAUUUUUCAACAUGCUUAUCAUACGUGUUGUGCUAAAAACAAUUUUGUGAAAAUGUGCAAAAUUUUCUUUAUCAUGCAUAAUUGAUUUUUCUCUACUUAUUCCAAUCCAAUUUUUGCUAUUGUAGACUUGAACUUGAACUUUUAUUUAACUUAUUGAUCAUGCCAGGCUAAUGAUUCCUUAUAUGAUUCCAACAUUGUCUACACCUAGAGUUUGGGCAAUAUAGCUUUGUAUCUUUGUAUCAUAAUGAUAAAAGAAAGUGACUAUUAUGAUAACAAGGAUGUUAAUGAUGAUAAUGAUACAAAAAUAAGUCAGUGUCAUCGUCAUCUUAUAACAAUUGUCACUAUACCAUGAUCAUCAUCAUCAUCAUGGUCAUCAUCAUCACCGUCAUCAUCAUCACCGUCAUCGUCAUCAUUGUCAUCAUCGUCAUUGUCAUCAUUAUGAUCAUCAUCAUGGUCAUCAUCAUCAUUACCAUCAUCAUCUGAUUACUCACAUCAUUCAAAGAUUUCCUUCUUACAUUUCAACAAGGGUAGAUAUGUUGAUAAAUUCUCUAUUUUUUUUUAUUUUUUUUCCAACAGAUCAAUUGAAAGUGUUCAGCAUUAUUACUAAAUAUACCACGAUUAUACAGCGA